AAAAGGUUGACUUGUUAUUAGGCGGCAGGUCAAGGUUGUAUGAACGCUGUAAAUCUAAGAAUGUAAAUACCUGAUUCAUGACAUCAUCUUUCUUGGGUUUUUAUUAGGUAGUUGUCAUCUUGACUUAACCUUUCAUUGUGUGCUGUCAAGAAGCGAUUUAAAGAUAUAUUCGCAAUGAUGAUGCUUUCAAUUCAGAAUUUUUGAAAUGGCCAAUUCAAUGUCAAACAAUGAUUUGAUUCCGUUGGAUACCCGACAAUCAAAUAUGACUGACAAUGAUUCUGAUUAUGAAGAAUUGCCAACUGUUGAUAUUGAAUAUGAAGAAACAGAUGAUUCAUCUCCAAGUAGUGGUUGUGAGUGUCAUUCCUUUUCUAAAAUCCAUAGUCCUCCAUUAAGUUUCAAGGAUCCCAAGGUGAACAUGUUGGUCCCAGGCCGUGCAAUCAAUGUCAAAAUAGUAGAUGUCGAACGAAGUCCAGCUACUCAUAUAAUUAAUCCGAAUUUGUAUGUACUGCAGCUGCAACAUGGACAGUAUGAGUGGACAGUCAGAAAACGCUACAAACAUUUUCAGCAUUUACAUCAGCAGUUACGAAUUUUUAGGACAACUUUAUCAAUUCCUAUUCCUACUAAAAGACACAAAGCUCGGAGAAAAAGUUGCAGAAACAUUGAAAAAAGUCGACUUCCAAGGUUUCCGAAAAGGCCUGAUGCUUUGUUGCCUCAUGAUAAAAUAGAGCAUCGAGUACAACAGUUAGAAGAGUAUUUGAAAAAUGUACUUAGAAUUCCCUUAUAUCGAAAUCAUCCAGAAAUGAUGGAGUUUCUGGAAAUUUCGCCGUUAUCUUUUAUUUGUGAUUUGGGAAAAAAGAAUAAAGAAGGUAUUGUUCAAAAGCGUUCUGGUGGUCAUAGGACUACCAUGGGAUGUUUCCGUCUUAAGAGGGGUUUCAUCGAUUGGUGUGGAAGGUGGAGAUGGAGGUGGUUGAUAGUUAAAGAUUCAUGGAUAGCAUAUAUAAAACCUAAAGAUGGACGUGUGCGAUGUGUUUUGCUUAUGGAUCAAGGAUUUCAUGUAGAAUCUGGAUUUCUCAGUACUGGUAUUCACCAUGGUCUUCAGAUAUCAAAUUUAACAAGGCAUUUAUUAGUUAGAUGUUGGACAAAACGAAAAUCCCGAGAAUGGACUGAAGCAUUAUUAAAUACCUCAAAAACCGAGGGAAGAGACUUUACUCAGCCAAACCGAUAUGAUGCUUUUGCACCAGUUCGGAACAAUAAUGAAUGUAGAUGGUUUAUAGAUGGAGCAACAUAUUUUGAAGCGGUUGCAGAAGCUUUAGAGAAAGCAAAAGAAGAAAUUUUCAUUGCAGAUUGGUGGUUAAGUCCAGAAAUAUACAUGAAACGUCCUGUAAUUCAAGGGGAAAUUUGGCGUCUUGAUCAUAUCCUCAAAAGAAAAGCUCAACAAGGUGUGAAAGUUUUUGUACUUCUUUAUAAAGAGGUUGAAUUUGCUCUAGGAAUUAACAGCCAAUACAGUAAGCAACAACUUGUAAAUAUGCAUCCUAAUAUUAAGGUUUUACGUCAUCCUGAUCAUGUUAAAAAUGGAACAUUAUUGUGGGCUCAUCAUGAGAAAAUUGUGUGCAUAGACCAGACGUAUGCAUUUCUUGGUGGAAUUGACCUGUGUUAUGGACGAUGGGAUGACUAUCAGCAUAGAUUGACUGAUCUUGGUGGCAUGGGUAAGAAACUGAGCCAAGGUACACUAGCAGGCGACGUUAAAACUUCUGCUGUGACUGUAGGCUCUCCUGUGCUGCGGAGAUCUCAUUCGCUGUCUGAGAUUGCUUCUGAAUUGGGUGCUAAUUUUCAGAGUGAACGUUGGAAAUUUGUCCGUCUUUCUCUCCUUCCCCAGCCCACCCCCUUUUUUACUGCAGAUGAACAGCUGAGCAACAACUCUGAAGAUCAUCCAGUGAAAAUCAAAGUCGAAGAGGCCACACCUACUUCGUCUCAGAUCAUUACCCCUUCUUCUGAGGAAAAAAGCUUGCCAAAUGAUAAGGAAUAUUCAACAAGUCAUCUGAGGGCAGUUGAUAAUGAAGAAUGUGCCAAAAAGAGGUUUACUUCGAGAAAAUUAAAAGCAAAACGUGUUAUGCAAGCUGUUGUUCGUUUGCAAGGUUUGAAAAAGCAAUCUCAUAAUAAAUCACUUGACUCUCUUUCUUCAACAGUUGAUAAUCUAGAUUUGCCUGACGCUGACAUGAGACGCACUACAAGCGAAGUUGCAUUAAAUGAACUUGGAUUACAAGGGAGUCCUAAAUUGUGGAUUGGGAAGGACUAUAUUAAUUUCAUUAUUAAAGAUUUUGAGCAUCUACACAAACCUUACCAAGAUUUGAUUGAUCGACAUACAACUCCCAGAAUGCCUUGGCAUGAUAUAGGUCUUUUUGUUCAAGGUUCUGCAGCACGAGACGUAGCUCGUCACUUCAUUCAGCGUUGGAAUUUUUACAAGUUUGAGAAGGCAAAAUAUUAUGACAGAUAUCCAUGGCUGCUCCCUAAAUCUUACCAGGACUGUGAUAGUGUCCAGCCAUUGCAAAUCAGCUCCACCAAUAAACUGUUUUGUGCAAAUUGUCAAGUUCUUCGAAGUGUUAGUACAUGGUCAGGUGGCAUCAAAACGAUGGAACAAUCAAUACAUACAGCAUAUAUAGAAACCAUUAGGAAUGCCAAACAUUAUGUUUACAUUGAAAAUCAGUUUUUCAUUACUCAAGCUGUGGGUCACAAAGAUGUUUUGAAUGGAAUUGGUGAAGCACUUUUCCAGCGCAUCAUUGAAGCUCACAGAAAUAGAGAAAACUUUCGAGUUUAUGUUGUUAUGCCACUUCUUCCUGCAUUUGAAGGUGAAAUUGGAACUGGCACUGGUACUGCUAUUCAAGCUAUAACACACUGGAACUAUGCUUCUAUGUGUAGGGGGCCAGGCUCCUUGUAUCAACGAUUGCUAAAAGAAGUUGGGGAUCCUAACACAUAUAUUACUUUUUAUGGCUUGAGAACGCAUGGCUUAUUAAAUGAAAAAAUUAUAACAGAAUUAGUGUAUGUUCAUAGCAAAUUACUAAUAGCAGAUGAUAAAACUGUAAUUAUUGGAUCUGCAAAUAUAAAUGACAGAAGUUUGCUUGGAAACAGAGACAGUGAGAUCUGUAUGAUUAUUGAAGAUUCAGAUUUCGAAAAAGCAGUAAUGGAUGGAAAGCCCUAUGAUGCGGGUCGUUACGCGUGUAGUCUGAGAAGAACAUUAUUCAGGGAGCAUUUGGGACUGUUGGAUAAAAACAGUCGAUCAGUUGAUGUUCGAGAUCCUGUUAGUGAAUCAUUUUAUAAAGAUGUGUGGAUAAGAACAGCUGCAUUAAAUACUUCUGUUUAUGAGAAAGUUUUCAGAUGCAUACCCUCAGAUGAAGUUCGCAAUUUUGUUCAGCUGAAAGAAUAUUUAUCUAAGCCAAGUCUUGCAGUUAGUGAUCCUGACUCUGCCUCUCAGCUACUGGGCAGUGUCCAGGGACAUUUGGUUCUGAUGCCAUUUUUUUUCUUAUGUGAUGAGAACUUAACUCCUUCUGCUGGUACUAAAGAAUCUCUAAUGCCUGUGUGUCUUUGGACGUAGUAUGUUUGUAAGCAAAGAAGCAGGUACACUUUUAAAUCUGAAAAUCAUGCUCUCGAUAAAUGAGAAAAUCAACGUUAUUAAGGCAUAAUAUUAUCGACAUACGCAUAUAAUUGGGUCAUUAGGAAUUCAUAUUGUUCAAUUAUGAGCUCUGGUAUGUAUAAGCUUCAAAUAUAUUUUUCAUAUCUUCAAGCUCUCAAAUUUAUGCACUGAUAGAGGGAUUCUUUGCAACCUCAAAACACAUUUCUGCAAUAUUUUUGCAAAUUGUACUUUAAUUAGGUUUGUUUUCUCAUUUAUAUUUUUCGCACAAAAGUGAAUGUUUUACUUCUCAUAUCUCAGAGUGCUGAGAAAAAUAUGCAGACCUUUUAUUACCUUAAAACAAAGUAUAUUUACAUUAAUGUUAAGUGAUAAAUUGACAAAUAUUACUAAUAAAAAAAUCAACAAAAACAAAUUUCAAAGAUUAAAGUUAUAUCUUGGAAAUACAAUGACGAUAGUUUUGACAUUGCACUAUAUGAAAUGCUGUAUUUAAUCAUAUGAUCUUUCUGUGCACUUUUUCCUUUAAUAUAUAUUUUUUUAAAUGAUAAGUGGAGCACAAAGUUUUAUCUUGCCAAAUUUUGCAUUUUUUAAAAAUCUUACUUGUUCUAUACUAAGCAUACUGUUACAAAGUACAAACUUUGUUUUGUGUGUUUCAUCAUUCAACAUGUGCACUUGCUUUUGCAAUUGCACGUGAUAGAAUAAAC